CAAGCGCACAGUAGAAGGGAGUGGUACGUCAAAAACUGACGCACAGCGGCAGGCCAAACAAGUCCAUAGUUUAAUAGCCAAGCACCACAAACCGCACACCACAAUAAUAAUAAUAUAAACUGUAAAAUAUAUAAAAAACACACAAAAAGUCCAGGCCAAAAUCCGAAAAAAAUUACGUGACCAAGUGCAAACCGAGAAAAUAAAAGAAAAACAAAAGGAAAAUCUAUAACUAUAAAAAGAAAAGAGUGUGUGUGUGUGAAGGAAAAAACAAGUUACAAAUCAGAGCGAAAAACAAGAAAGCAGCAGCAGACCAGGUAACACGGCAGCAACAUUGCAACAAACAGCAGCAACUAGCAACGCAACAACGAACGCCAAAUACCUUGAAAUAUAGAAGAUACAGAAGAUAGCCUGGGUUUUACACAAGUUAAGUGAGCUGCCAAGGAUCGCAGGUGGGGCAGGUGGAUCAGGAGGAGGAGCAGGAGGAUGCCAGCCAAUAUUGCAACAUCCUCUAAGUCCACAACUCCAAGGACAAGGAAUCAAAGCUGAAGGAGCAACCGCAGCAAAACUCUCAAGGCAACUCUCAUGUCAAUGUCAAUGUUGAAGACGAAGUCGAAGAAGGAGUAGAAGUCGAAGUCGAGGGGGCGGGUCAAAGCUGUAAAGGCAAAAGCAUUUUAACUGCAGAUGACAAAGAAGGUUGUGCUACAUCUACAUAGUAAAUACAAAACAAAUCUAAGCAUAAGAUACACCCGAAAACCACACCCAAAACCCCAAAAACCCUAGACCAAAAUAAACAAGGAAGCUAGAAACAAGCAAGUGGAAGUGGGGCAUACCCGGAAUUUUGAUUGCCGAAGCUCCAAACUGGAGAGAAGAGGAGGAAGGUGACCCGUUUUGCAGGCAAAAUGUCCGUGGACUUUAUACUGCCCAAUCGCAACAAGAUCCAAACGAUUGCCUAUGCCAGCAAGAAAUAUGUGGCCAGUGGAUCGGGAUCCGGUUCGAAUCCUGUUUCGGGAUCCGGAGGAUCAGGAUCGUCUGCUGACUUGCAGAGCUGGCGACGCCCGAAGCCCAGGACCUCGGGAAAACUAAAGCUGGAGGAUAAAUCCCCACUGACUGCCAGUUCGGUGCUACGAAAUGCCAAUGGAAAUGGAAAUGGCCUGGGAAGUGGAAAUUCCAGCAAGUCAACACUCAAAUCGAUGGUUAAACGAAGCUCGCGAUCUGUCCUCAAACGGGAGAUCAUCGAUCUGGACGACGAGGAGGGCGAGGAGCAGGAGGAUCAGCUGUGCGAACAUCUGGAAUGGUCAGCUGCCCAGUCUUUGGUCCAGAUGAACUCUUCCAAACAGGAGAAGCAACGGCGGGCAACGGGCAACUCACCUGCAACUGUGGCAGCUCCCAUCUCCGCCUCAGUGUCGCUGCGCCGUCCAGUGGGCAGGGCUCCGGCGGAGGAUGGCAAGGUCAUCUUCUACGCCCCGCCCAGUGGAUCGCCCCGUCAGCCGGAGCCGGUGACCUUGAAGAGGGAGCGCGAGCGGGAGAGGGAACAACGAGAGCGAGAGCGGAAGGAGCAACAGGUGGUGGCGCAGGUACAGUCGACCUCCAUUUACCGGGGACGCAGCGUGGAGGAGACGGAGGCGGCCCACGAUCUGCUCUCCCUCUCGCAGAGCCUGCCGCCCCUGAUCCCGCCCUGCGUGGUGACCAUCAUGAAGCAGGAGCAGGAGCAGCUCCGCUCGCCGGAAAUCCAGGAGAUGACGAACAGCGCUUCCAGCCGAUCGCCCCAGUCGACCAUUCGGUUCAUAGGCAGCACAUCCUAUGACCUCAUGAUCGGCGGUGGAUCCUCCUCCUCGGAUGCGGGGGCCACCAACAACUGCUCGCCGCUGACGCCGCCGAACUCGGACCACAGCUCCGAUGUGGAUAUCGACAUGUCUUCCUCCUCCGAGUCGGGACUGCAGCAGUGGGGCAAGCAGAAUCAGCAGCGAGCCUCGGCCCUGAAGAUGUGCCUCAAUAUGCUGGACGGCAGGACGAAGGCCAGCAAGGCGGCGGCAGUGAAGCCGCAGGAGCCAGUGCAGCCGAGGCCCAAGAGUGCCCAGAGUAAUGCUUCCUCCUCCGGAGGCGGAGGAGGAGGAGGUCCCCCCUCGGAGACCCAAGAGGUGGCAUCCUCCACGGGCCACAGCUCCUCGGGAGGCAGCGGCGAGAACUAUGCCAAGCGGAAGAGGGGCUGCUACAAGUGCUGCGAGUGCGGCAAGCAGUAUGCCACCUCCAGUAAUUUAUCUCGCCACAAGCAGACGCAUCGCUCGCUGGACUCGCAGUCGGCCAAGAAGUGCAACACCUGCGGCAAGGCGUAUGUAUCCAUGCCCGCCUUGGCCAUGCACCUGCUGACGCACAAGCUCUCGCACAGCUGCGACAUUUGCGGCAAGCUCUUCUCGCGGCCUUGGCUCCUCCAGGGUCACCUGAGAUCCCACACCGGCGAGAAGCCCUACGCCUGUGUGCACUGCGGCAAGGCCUUCGCCGAUCGCUCCAAUCUCAGGGCCCAUAUGCAGACCCAUUCGGGGGACAAGAACUUCAAGUGCCAUCGCUGCAACAAGACCUUCGCCCUCAAAUCGUACCUCAACAAGCAUCUGGAGUCGGCCUGCCUCAGGGAUACGGGAGCCAUCGAUCAGGGGGCCAAGGGACUGGAGGAGGACGAGGAGGAGGAGCAGGAGCAGGACGAACUGGAGAUGGAUAGCGAUGAGAACAGCCAGGAUAUUGUGGUGGCCUAAG